CUUUCGGCUGAAGUGAAAUUUUUCGCGUUUUGCGGUGUGUCAAAAGCAAGAGAAAUUUCGUGAUUUUUAUUUGUGAAUCUGUGACUAAAGACCAUUGCAAAGCUGUGAAAAAGAUUUAAUUCAACAUGUCCCACCAAACAGGUAUAAAAGCAAAUGAGAAAUUGCAAAAAUUCUUUGGAAAAUGCAAAGAUGGCAAGACACGGGCUAUCAAAGUUGCGAUAGAAAAUGAGGAACUGACGCUGUCCGAUCACAAGGACGUGAAGAAGGACUGGAUCAAAGACUACGACAAGUGCAUACCGACGAUGGUUGAACAGAAUACACCGUGCUACAUUCUCUACAGAUUAGACACAAAAUCAUCUCUGGGAGGCUAUGAAUGGAUGCUGUUCAGCUGGACUCCAGACACCGCAUCAAUUCGCCACAAAAUGGUGUAUGCUUCUACGAAAGCAACGCUCAAGAAUGAAUUCGGAUCCGCACAUAUCAAGGAGGAACUGCACGCCACGUCUCCGGAGGAGGCUACCUACGAGGGCUACUUGAGUCACAAGAGGGCUUUCAGUGUACCUGCGCCGCUGACGACACGCGAAGAGGAGAUUCAGGAAUUGCGAAAGACAGAAGUUAAGACCGAGAUUAACACAGAAACGCGCCAAAAAACUCUCAAUGGUCUGAGUUUUCCGGUCUCUCAAGCUGCUCUGGAUGCCAUCAAUGAUGCCAAGAGGGGCUCCUACAGUUACUUGCAAUUCAAAUUGGACACUGUUCAGGAGGAGAUUCAUUUGGUGAAAGCCACAAAUGUCGAUGUUUCGGGGCUUUCACAGAUGAUUCCCAAGGAUCAGGCUCGUUACCAUUUGUUCCUGUUCAAGCACACGCACGAGGGUGAUUAUCUGGAGAGUUUUGUCUUCAUCUAUUCGAUGCCAGGAUAUUCCUGCUCAGUCAAAGAUCGCAUGAUGUAUUCCAGCUGCAAGGCUCUCUUCGUCACACAAAUCACAGAACAAGGCAUUGAGAUCGUGAAGAAGUUGGAAAUUGAUUCAGCUGAUGAGUUAACAGAAGAGUAUUUGCAGGAUGAACUUCAUCCAAAGAAGAUUCUUCAUCGGCCGAUUUUCGAUAAGCCGCCAGGACCGAAGAAUCGGGGAGCCAAACGUGUCACUAGACCACAAACGACUGAAUAGAUUUUUGCCUAUUAUUUAAUAAUAUCUUUUUAGUAGUUAUUUUUUUUAGGACAUUAUUUUUUGUUUAUUUAAUUAUUCACUCUUUUCCGUUUGCAAGUCAUUUGCUGAAAUUGUAUUUUAUGCAUUUUUUUGUAUGUUUGGGCUUCCAAAACAAAAUAUCUUUAUAUUGAAUUGCUGAUUUGGAAAUUCUAUUGCAGCGUGAAAUUUAUAAUUGCAAUUGUAUACAACAGUAAUAUAAUUGAAUAAAAUUAUAUUUUAUUGAUUUA